GUGGCACAGAUUUAUUUGCGCAAUGAAGAAUAAAAGGUUAUCAUUGCGAUAUCGUUAUAACAAACAAGUCACGGCUAAGCAGGCAGUUAUCAAGCUGUGUUAGAGACCAUAAGUUAACUUACAAUUAAAAUAUAAUUAGAUCUAAUUCGUUUCAACGAUGGACAUUUUUACUACUACCGCGUUGCUCGCGUGUCUAUGCAUAGUAGAAAGUGCUGAUAAUAGUGACAGAACCAUCACAGGAAUCGACCAAAGAGAAGUGUGUAAAAUAAAAAAAUCGUGUGUAAAUUGUUUACGCUUGGUACAUUGCUCCUGGUGCCAAGAAGAGGAAACGUGUUUCUCAAGGGAGUUAGAGCCUGAAAAAUGCAGCGAGACAUUCAGCGAGCCAAAUGAAUAUACGGAUUACGGAUUUAGUCUGCAAGAAAACGCAAUUUGUAGUUGCAAGCAGGAAACAGAUGUAGGCCAAGAAGAGAACUGCCUCCCAGAAGGGGCGGACGAAUACACAACGCCGCCGUGCAGCGGCCGCGGCGCGUGCGUGUGCGGCCGUUGCGUCUGCGAGACCUAUGAAAAUUCCACUAAGAUCGUUAUGGGCGAUUAUUGUGAAUUCGACAACUUCUCCUGUGACGGCCCGGACUGCAACGAAGGUCCUUAUUCUCUUGCGCAAGACAACGACAAUGAAGAAUAGUACCUAAUCUUAAUACUUA